AUGUCCGACGGAGAAAACAAGCUACGACCGAGCACGACAGCAGGUGGCCAUGUUGAGGACCGCGGGCAACCGGCCCUCCCUGUCGUGCAUCGGCGUUUCGCCAACCCAUCACCACUGGGUCUGCUCUCUUUCGCCACAGGUACCGCGCUGAAGCCAUCCAUUCGCCUUGACACUCCCAAGCUGACCGAAAAAGGUAUCUUUCUCAUUUCUAGCUUCGGUGUUCACGCUCGUGGAAUCCAGACUCCGAAUGUCAUGAUUGCCGUGCUGAUCUUCUUCGGCGGCAUCUGUCAGUACAUCGUCGGGAUCAUGGAGUUCAUCACUGGCAAUACCUUUGGCACAGCUGUCUUCAUGUCCUACGGCGCAUUCAACAUCUCGUACAGCAUGAUCUACCUUCCCGGUUCGGGCAUUAUUGCUGCAUAUACGGAUGAGUCGGGUGUCUUGAGUCCAGACUUCCAGCAGGCCAUCGCCAUGUAUAUAUGGGCAUGGUUCAUCCUCACAGUCAUCUAUACCAUAGCCGCAGUCCGAAGCUCCUGGGUCCUCUUCCUUGACUUGUUGGCAUUGGAUAUCUGCCUUAUCUUACUUGCUGCUGGCAAUAUGGUAAAUAGUACCUCUGUCCUCAACGCAGGUUAUGCUUUUGGUUACUUGGUUGCUUUUAUGAGCUAUUGGGCUGGUUGUGCAGGUCUCUUUGCUGGAGGUGUUACUCCAUUCGACGUUCCUACCUUCCCGAUGUAUAAAGACGCAUAG